GCAAUUGAGAGCCAAUGGCAGAAGCGUAGUGUUUUUCAUCCUAUGGAGGGAAGGCGUGACAUGUUGAGGGAUUAGCGCAUGCGCGGAGAGGUGAGACGCAGAGACCUUCAGCCGGGGACAGUAAACAUGGCCGUGCCACCUACAUACGCAGACCUGGGCAAAUCCGCCCGAGAUGUUUUUAAUAAAGGAUAUGGAUUUGGCCUGGUGAAGCUGGAGGUCAAGACCAAGUCCUCCAGUGGGGUGAUGGAGUUCACAAGCAGCGGCUCAUCCAACACCGACACCGGGAAAGCAUCCGGAAACCUAGAGACAAAAUACAAGAUGAAAGAGACUGGACUCACCUUCACCCAGAAAUGGAACACGGACAACACCCUGGGGACUGAAGUGGCCCUGGAAGAUAAGUUGGCAAAGGGUUUGAAGCUCUCACUGGACACUACGUUUGUGCCCAAUACGGGUAAGAAGAGUGCUAAGCUAAAAACCUCCUACAAGAGAGACUAUGCCAACUUGGGCAUUGAUAUUGACCUGGACUUGGCUGGUCCCACCAUAUAUGGCUGGGGGGUGCUUGGCUAUCAGGGGUGGCUGGCUGGCUAUCAGAUGGCAUUCGACACCGCUAAAUCCAGACUGGCACAAAACAACUUUGCAUUGGGUUAUACAGCCGGAGACUUUCAGCUUCAUACAAAUGUAAAUGAUGGCACAGAAUUUGGAGGCUCAGUGUAUCAGAAGGUCAGUAAGGAUGUGGAGACAUCAGUGAGUCUCGCUUGGAGUGCCGGCAGCAACAACACUCGUUUUGGCAUUGGGGCCAAGUACCAACUGGACUCAAACACUACUAUCUCUGCCAAAGUGAACAAUGCCAGCCUGAUAGGUGUGGGUUACACGCAGACUCUGAGACCCGGAGUGAAGCUCACCCUCUCUGCCCUCGUCAAUGGAAAGAACUUUAGUGCUGGUGGCCACAAGGUGGGCCUGGGCUUCGAGCUGGAGGCCUAAUAGGAAGAUCUCACCAGCCCUCUAUCCCACUUCCCUCCAGAGAUGACCUCAAACAGACGAUGGGAGACUUCCGCUGUGGAGCAUAAUAUGUAGUGCCAACAUGAAAGAAAGCAGCCUUGGAAGCUUCUAGAGUAACGUAACCCUGCUGAGAAGCAGCAGCCGAGGACAACAUGGCUCCUGCAUUCACACAGCACUACUCUGCUUUCUACACCUGAUGCCAUUCAUUGGUCUUCAGAACUCUCUAAGAACUCUACAUUUAUGCUCUAAUUCCUCUAUCAACAUUUCCAUUGAUUUUCUUAAAGGAACAGUUCAGUGUUUAAAUAAAAACGUGGUAAAUAGAUAGGCUGUAUAAUAUAAAAACAGUUUCU